AACGACAUAACCGGCUAUCCUUUGACACAGCACCCAAAAAAGCAACCAAGAUGCUCUUUGCUACGGUCCUGGCAACCUUGGCCGCCACCGCCGCCGCGGCCAAGGACAAGCGCACGUUUGCCGUGCUGCACCACUACGGGAAGGGCCCCUUGACGACCUGCCGUGCCGACCCCAUCGUCUCGCCCGGCGGCCCGUCUAGCCACGUGCACACCGUCAUGGGCGCCAGCAACUUCGGCCUCAACGUGACGGGCGAGUUGCUCCGCCAGUCCGAGUGCACCACUGCCCUGCCCAAGGCCGAUCUGAGCGCCUACUGGUUCCCGACCCUCUACUUCCAGGACCCGGUGACCAACCUCCUGGAGCCGGUCGACAUGUUCUACAUGAACGUCUACUACUUCUUCGAGCCCACCAAUGACGACAUCAAGGCCUUCCCCCUCGGCCUCAAGAUGGUCAGCGGCGACCCCAUGCUGAGGACGGCUCCCUCGACCUCGGGCGCCAACCAGCUGGAUCCUUCCAAGGGGCCCAUCCAGCCCGUGCAGAUCACCUGCCCCCGCACCAGUUACAAUCCUCCCAGCUACCCACCCGACUCGGACGGCUCCCGGGCCGGCAUCGUCGACCCGAACAACCAGGGCGCGGGCAUCGGCUUCCCCUUCCAGGACUGCGACGGCUACGCCUCGCCCAUGCGCGUCGACGUCCACUUCCCCUCAUGCUACAAUCCCGAGGCGGGCGUGGAGGACUACAAGAACAACAUGCAGUUCCCCACGGACGCGGGCAAUGGCAAGCAGGACUGCCCCCCCGGCUGGAUCCACACCCCGCAUAUCUUCUACGAGACGUACUGGGACACCCACAAGCUUCUGCCGCGCUUCCAGGACCUUCUUGGGAAGAAGAGCCCCUUUGUGUUCUCCAACGGCGACGUCACCGGCUUCUCGGCUCACGCCGACUUCAUCUCGGGCUGGGACGAGGAGGAGCUCCAGCACAUCAUCGACACUUGCGACGCCGGGCACGCCGGUAUUGAGAAGUGCCCUGGCCUGAAGUACGGCGUCAACGACCCCAGCACUUCCUGCAACAUCAAGUGCCCCAUCGACGAGGUCGUUGACGGCAAGCUGGAGAAGCUGCCCGGCAACAACCCGCUCACUGGUUGGGGUCUGGGCGGCGGCGAUCAAUCUUCAGCUUCUCCGUCGACUCCUUCCUCGUCGAGCUCGGACUCGGCCCCGAACUCGGCCUCGAGCUCCUCUUCCACUCGGGCGGCUGUUAUCAAGGUCCCCUCGCCCACCACCCUGAUUGCCGUACCCACUUCCACCCGCGCUGAGCAGCAGCCGGCCGCAAAGGUGGAGGAGGAGGAGGAGGAGCCCACUCAGGCCCCUCCGUCGCCGACCUCCAAGGGUGUGCGGACCGCAACCGUCUACGACACCGUGACGGUGUGGGAGACGAAGACGAUCUAUGAGCGCGACGUCCAGUCGCCGGCUCCAACCCAGGACGCCGCCGAGCAGCCGGGCUCUAGCGACGCUCUCCACCACCGCCAUGCGCGCCACCACUUGCACCACGCCCGUAUCCCGUCCCGGAGGCACCGCAAGUAGGAGAGGCAGCUCGGCUUUGCCUGGUAACCGACCCUUAGAAAGGGCCACAAUUUCUCUUCACGGUUCUUACCACAUGACCCGUCGUUCUCUCUCUCUCUCGGCGGUGUUGAGAUGUGCAUGUAUCAACUUGCUGCCAUUUCAUUUCUCGGUUCAACUUGGUAAACGGAGAGCGGGUACAAAUAGAGGGCGUCUUGACAGGCCGCUGCGGCAGCGGCUGGGCAGGGAAAGGAGCCGCUGGGGGAUACCAUUUGUUUUGGAUUCGUUGAAAGCUGAACAGGUUUCUCAGCGCGGGGUUGUUGCUUUUCAUGACAUGGACAUGACAGACAGGCUCUGAACCACAUUGGGGCGCUGGGCUGGAGGAAAAAGGAAAAAAAGAUAAGAAAAGAAAAAAAUCCAGCUCCAGCUGCACAAACUUCGCUUCGAAACCAUGUAUGUAGAUUUUGUUUCGAUUCUCCGAGGAACAGUGGGCACACGACACCCGUUGCCUCGUAGCGCUCCGCAGGCAGCUCUGGCCGCGGAGUCAUUUUGGGGAAGGUGCUUUGGAUUUUC